AAUAACAACACAAAAUGCACCAUUUUAUUAAGAAGGGGAAAUGCAUUUUUGUGUCGUGUAGCGCCGCCGUGUGGCCAAAUUAACUAAAUGUUAUUCUCCACUAGGAGGGAGCAAAGCGAGCAAAGCCAAUUGCCGUAUGCUGAGUUUAAGUGCUGUCGGAAAUCCUACAUAUCACAUUGAAAUUAAAGGUGUAAGUGAUUUGUUAUGUGAUUGUCAGCUAAGCAGACACAUUGUAUGUUUCUAUGCAGCUGUCCAUGCGUGUUUUAGUCAUACAAGCUGUUUUCUUGAAGUUAAAAAAAUCUGUAUACAGUGCAUUUAAGUUUUUUUUAUAAAGCUAUCUACCAAAAAGGCUUUUUUUUGUAUAGACUUUGAAGGCAGCAAUACAAUUCUCUUUUCCAUCCACUUUUAUUGCAAAAGGAAAAUGUGCUUUUCAUCACAUUGGCGGUCUGUUUUUUCUCCAAUGGUUUUCAGUAUAAGAGGCUUAUGCACAAUGAUACACAUUAGAAACAAGAAACAAGUCUGACUUUACUUCUUCAAGUGGUCCAGUGCAGCAGUGUGUCCAAGGGGGACCGCCCCGCACAUAUUGACAUGCCCUCUUGUCCGUCCUCUGCUGUGGUCGUCCAGGUCCAGCCCCCUUGAGGAAGAGGGGAGACUGAUUGAACGCCAGUUUUAUUGCGUUGUCAUGUUUCACAAGGAGUUCACAAGAAGCUCCGAGACUCUCCCGACACCAUCGCUUCAUGGAUGCACCCAAACUCCUUUUUCUUUCUUUCUCUCCUUCUACCAACUUUGCGGUCCUUUCAAGGCAAAUUCCCCUUAUGCUUUUUUUGACAUUUAAUGACGUUUUCAUGGCUGAGCAUAUUCUUUUGUAGCAUUUAAGAGUAUUUUCUUGGUGCAAAUCCCAUUUUUGGUUUUGUCAAGAUGCAGCUGCGAAACGUCCUAGACGUUAAUGUUGUGGACGUGCAGAAGAGAAGGAACCCCUCCAAACACUAUGUGUACCUCAUCAACGUCACUUACUCAGACUCCACUUCCCACGUCAUCUACAGGAGAUACAGCAAAUUCUUUGACCUACAGAUUCCUCCACUUUCAAAUCUGACUGAUAAACUUGUGGUAGCUAAAAGACGGUUCAUGUGGUUCAGCCAUCAAACAGAAGAUAAGGAUUGCUUGCCAUUUAAGUCGAUGCGAAUCCUCGACAAAUUCCCAAUCGAAGGAGGACAGAAAGACCCCAAAAAGAGGAUUAUUCCUUUUUUGCCAGGUAAAGUCUUGUUUCGCCGAAGUCACAUAAGAGAUGUGGCCGUCAAAAGGCUGAAGCAUCUGGAUAAUUACUGCAAAGCUCUGAUGAAGCUUCCCUCCCACAUUUCCCAAAGCGAGGAGGUCCUUAAGUUCCUUGAGACCAAGUCAGAGGACUUAAACCCUCCAACAGAAGACUGUGGAGGCUCCGGCAAGCGUAAAUCAGGUGUGGACCCUUCGGAUCCCAUGCUCCUGGAACAGUAUGUGGUGGUGGCCAGUUACGAGAAGCAAGAGCCUGCAGAAAUCAGCCUUCAAGCGGGCGAGGUGGUCGACGUCAUUGAAAAGAGCGAGAGCGGUUGGUGGUUCGUCAGCACCGCAGAGGAGCAGGGUUGGGUCCCUGCUACCUACCUCCACUCCCACAGUGCCACGCGGGAUGACUCUGAGCUGGGCGCCUCGAAAGCUGGGGAAGAAGAGAAGUACGUAACCGUGCAGCCUUACGCCGGCCAGGGCAAGGAUGAAAUUGCUUUUGAGAAAGGAGUCAUUGUGGAGGUGAUGCAGAAGAAUCUGGAGGGCUGGUGGUUCAUCAGGUACCAGGAUAAAGAGGGCUGGGCUCCAGCCUCUUACCUGAAAAAGAUGAAAGAUGACCUCUCUCCCCGCAAGAAGACCGUGACGGGCCCAGUGGAGAUUAUUGGAAACAUCAUGGAGAUCAGUAACCUGCUGAACAAGAAAGCCUCGAGUGAGAAAGACGUGCAGGUUGAAGGAGUCCCAGAGAGCCCCCAGGUGGCCAAGAAGGAGAUCAGCCUGCCAAUCCCUUGUGCUGACUCCAGCCCUGUUAACACCCCACAGGAUGGAAAAAGCAAAGCAGAGCCUUCCUCACCGGCUAUAGCCCGCAUCGCCCCUCAGCGGGUGGAAAUUGGUUCCCCAGUUCUCAGACAAAAACCUCCUCCGCGGAGAGAUGCAACUCUGGGAUUCCAGUUGCCAUCCCCACCAGAUGCCCCUGCAGUUGAAGCCGAGUACUAUACCAUUGCAGAUUUCCAGUCCUGUAUAUCUGAUGGUAUCACUUUCAAUGGAGGACAGAAAGCAGAGGUCAUUGAGAAGAACUCUGGUGGUUGGUGGUAUGUCCACAUAGGAGAGAAGGAGGGCUGGGCUCCCUGCUCCUACAUUGACAAACGUAAAAAGCCCAACCUGAAUCGUAGAACAAGCACUCUGUGCCGCCCAAAAAUUCCACCCCCUGCUCCGCCAGUCAAAAAACAAGACUCAGUGGAGACUGCACCUCCCAGCAGCCCAAGCUCUGAAGCACCAGAGUCCCCUGUGUCUCCUGGAAGGCCGGUGUAUGAAGAGCCAGAAUAUGAUGUCCCUGCCAUUGGCGAUCUGGACAUGGAGUCUGAGUUUGAGUUCCUGAGGGGAGAAGGUUCCUUGGUGGACGUAAAGAAUGAGGACACUUCCUCCGAGAAGGGAUCCCACCUGUCCUCGAAGCCUUCUCCGGCGUCGUCGCUCCACAGUGCCUCCUUCAAGAUGUGCGAGUCAUUUGAAGAUGGCCACGAGGCAGAGGGGGAGGCGGAGGGAGAGGGAGAGUGUAUCUAUGAGAACGACGGCUUCCGGCCCUUCAGGGAGACGCCGGAGCGGCAGUGCAGCAGGGACUCAAAUUCCUCCAAGACAAGUGUCUUGUCAGAAACUGGCAAGACUGCAAACUCGACAUCAGGUGGGUGGAGACCUGCAGGUAACAAGCUCAAGAUAGACUUGAACGGGAGCCCAUUUGCAGCCAAAACCGAGGAAGCAUCCAGUCCCAAGUCUGCCUCCACUGAGUCCACCCCGGAUCUGUCCAGAAAUAAGAAAGACCAAGACGAAAGCAAGGCAUCCUCUUCCAUCAAAUCUAAACCAAAGCCAGUGGUGAGGCCUAAACCACAACUAGCCAAGGCGUCCAGUGCAGAGAAGAUGGAUAUCAGCACCUUGAGAAGACAGCUAAGGCCAACAGGGCAGCUGAAGAACGGCACCAAAACUAAAGGUGAGGACUCUGAGACAGCUUCAGUCAUCUCCUCAGAGGACUCCUUUUCUUCUCAGAGCACGUCCGAUCUCUCCUCCAUCUAUUCUAAAGGCAGCCGGGGAGACUCCGACAUGGAAGGCUGCAGCCUGUAUCGCACCACAGAUCCCUACGAGAAGGUCCAAGAGUCUGAGCUCAGCUUCCCCGGUGGGGUGGAGGUGGAAGUGCUGGAGAAGCAGGAGAGCGGUUGGUGGUAUAUACGCUGGGGAGACACAGAGGGCUGGGCUCCGACUUACUUCCUGGAGCCCGCCAGGCAACAAGAUGACAUGGCGGGGUCCGAAUCUGACGGCACCCCGACUAAACCUGGAAGCCUCAGCAAGUCCAACAGCCUGGAGAAGAACGAACAAAGGGUGCAGGCGUUGAACAACAUCAACCAAAACCUAAAAAAGGUCACCCCACCCAUCCCUUCCAAGCCUCCGGGCGGCCUCUCCAAACCCAUCGGCUUGUUUGGUUCACGCAAGCAGAAUAGCACCAAACAGCAGCAGGUUGUCAGACCUCAGUCGGUGUUCAUAUCGGCCCCGAUCAGGGACGGUCCCAGCCCUGCCGGCUCCCUCAGGAGAAACGAGUCACUCAACUCCACGGACCACCCUCGCGCCAGCCCCACAGUGCGACGCAACGCCUCCUUCGGCACCGUGCCACGUAGCUUGCCGCCAAACAACAUAGCACUGCCCAUCAGGAACAGAUCCGGCACCGGUAGCUCCGAAUCCCUCGGCCUCAGCCCCCAGAAGAACGCCCUCCCUGUAUCCACAGUGAAACCCAAGCCCCACAUCAUCCACAACAACCUCAGAGAGGUGUUCGUCUCCAUAGCAGAUUACCACGGCGACGAGGAGACCAUGGGCUUUCCUGAGGGGACAAGUCUGGAGGUCCUGGACAGAAACCCCAAUGGAUGGUGGUACUGCAAGAUUCUGGACAAUGGCAAACCAAGGAAAGGAUGGGUUCCCUCAAAUUACCUCGAGAAAAAGCACUAGCACUCAUGUGUGGAGCUGGCAGAACUCUGAACAUGCGUGUAAAGACUACUCAAACAGAUGCAUUUAUUUUGUGAAAAAAAAGGCUAACCCUAAGACGUUAAGUAAGUAUUGAAAUCUUACCCGGUACCUUUGCCAAAAAAGAGCAGCCAGAUCAAAUUGUGACUUUGAAAUGAAAUGAGACAUCUGGUAAAAUGAGUCUACGCAAUACAGCGCCUGAGACGUUGCAUUAGGAGCAAUAUAACGGGACUUAGCGACGCAGCCAAAGUGAACACCAGAGAGCGGAAGAUCGGUUUAAUGAUAUCCUUCAGUGGUUACCUUUAACUUGAACUAAGAUAGAAUUUUGUGUCCACGCCUUGAACCUUUCUCUGUAAGUUUAUAAUGUCAUUUUUUAAAAACCUUUUUAAGCAUUUAAAGCUUACUGCAUGUUUGAAAUGAUUCAUUAUACUGACGAUGCCUUGAGCUGUUGAAGUUAAACCUUUUUUUUCCUCCUUUCCGUAAAGAAAAUCUCAGUUGUUGCCAAAGCUGCUUUGUGUUAGUCUCACCAUGGUGCUGUCUGUUUGCAUGUUUUUUUUUAUAUCUCUUUAUACUGUAUGUCACCUUUAUGUGAUAUAUUUUAUCCAUUUAAUUGUGUAAUAUUGUCCUAAUGAAACAAUAUGUGAGCAUCUCUGAUUAUCAGUAUUAUCUUACACUUAAAUGUAAAAACAAUCCCUUUAAAUGUUUCUUUUGUUUACAUUUCAGAGGCUAAUUUCCAAAAUUAAAACUUCCCUAACGUCAGUGGAAAUUAUAUUUAUUCAUGACUUAAAAAAUCAUAUUAUUACUUAUUUUAUUAUUAUUGUAAGAAAUGUACUGAUAAAAACAAUUUCACAGCCGCUUAAACAUUUCUAAGAACUGCUCUAUUAAUAAUGAUAACAUUUUGAAUUUCUGCUGGGCAGUAAAUUUGACACAACCCUUCAGCUGCAGCAGUAUACUGGGAUGCUCACUCUUGUUUUAUGUUAACUGUGUGACCAGUGACGAUAACUGAAGUGCCAAAAGAAUGAAUUUAAUAAAUGCACUUUUGAACAAUCA